GCGAACCCAGGGAAAGAGGAGUAAUUUGUACACGGGACUUUCCCCCUCUUAGUCCCCCAAAAGGAGGGGGAAAAGUCGCAAUAUUGGAAACGAAAAGGAAUGAGGUUGUAAGGGCGUGAAAACGUCUGCAAUUGUGGAUACUUUAUAUAUUUUUAUUUCGAAAAAAUAUGGCCGAGAACGUUCUGGACUCUGGCCCGCCUUCAGCCAAGAGGCCUAAACUAUCCUCUCCGGCACUUUCCGCCUCAGCCAGCGAUGGAAACGAUUUCGGUUCGCUGUUCGACUUGGAACAUGACCUCCCAGAUGAGCUCAUCAACUCUAAUGAUCCUGGCCUGGUCAAUGGUGGGGACCUCAACCAGUUGCACACCACCCUUGGAGGGCCUACAGGUUUGGGUCCUGGGGGAGGCGGUGGAGGAGCAGGAGGAAUGGGCCUUGGGCUCGGCCCAGGAGGAGGUCCCGGUGGUGUUGGCGGAGGCCAGGAUGCAGUGGCCAAGCACAAACAGCUGUCUGAACUCUUGCGUUCAGGGGGACCCGCCUCGACCCAGCCGGGACACCAAGGAGCUAUGGGCAGCCCGGGAGGACCCACUGUCAUGGGGCAACACUUGGCGAACAUGAAGGCAUCCCCUGGCCAGGGGCCUCAGCAGAUGAUGGGCCAGGGACAGCAGCAGCACCUCUCCCCCCAGCAGCAGGCCAACAUGAUGCAGCAGAAUGCCGCCGCUGGAAUGAUGGGUGGCAUGAAUAGAGCCAUGAUGGGAGCACAGCAGAAAGGAAAUAAUGGACAGCAGCAGCCAGGCAUGAUUGGGAGUCAGGUGAUGAAUGGCUCCCCCAGGAUGGGCUUCGGGAAUCAGGGGAUGGGCGGCAACAGCAACCUGUUAGCUGAGACCCUACAGCAGCAGGGAGCUGGAGGCCAAGCCGGGAUGAGAGGCCAGCAACCUGGAGCACUGAACAAGAUGGGGAUGAUGGGCAACCCAGGGGUCCCUUUCGGAGGUCCGUAUGCAGGGCAGGGGAAUCAAGGUCUUGGAGGCGCAGGGCUGGGCCCUCAGCUCCAGAAUAAAGGUCCGAUGGCCAACAGCCUGGCCCAGUUCAAUGUGGACAAGAAGAACCAGCCAAUGCAAGGAAUGGCUGCCAUGGGCUCCCAGCAGUCGCAGACAGGUGUGGGCGGUCCUUCCGGUGCACCUGUGGGAGGGGCCCCCGGGAUGGUGCCCAGCGCUCAGGGAGGUCUAGUGGGUCCUGGCGCCCCGGUUUCCGCCGCGUCGGCCGCAGCCGGAGCGCCACCCACAGCCGAUCCCGAGAAGCGCAAACUCAUCCAGCAGCAGCUGGUCCUCCUGCUCCAUGCGCACAAGUGCCAGCGGCGGGAGCAGGCAAACGGUGAAGUCCGGCAAUGCAACCUGCCUCACUGCCGCACCAUGAAGAACGUCCUUAACCACAUGACUCACUGCCAGGCUGGCAAGUCCUGUCAAGUUGCUCACUGUGCAUCAUCGAGGCAGAUCAUCUCCCAUUGGAAGAACUGCACGCGACACGACUGUCCUGUGUGCCUGCCGCUGAAGAAUGCCGGGGACAAGAGGAACCCGCAGUGUGAGUCUCUACUGGGUGCGGCCGGCGCAGGUCUUAGCAGCUCUCUUGGGGCAGUCUCUGGUGGCCAACCAAGCGCUCCCAACCUCAACCCACCGAGCCAGAUUGACCCGAGCUCCAUAGAAAGAGCCUACGCAGCCCUGGGCCUCACCUACCAGGGAAACCAGAUCCAGGCUCAGACUGGCCAGCCCAAUAUGUCCAACCAAGGGCUGCAAGGCCAGGCUGGCAUGAGGCCUAUGAACCCAAUGGGUGCGAAUGCUAUGGGAGUCAACGGAGGUGUGGGCACUCCGUCUCAGAACCAAGCCAGCCUGCUGCAGGACACCAUGAUGCACCUCAACGUCAACAGCCAAGGUCUGUUAAAUGAUGCUGGAGGGGUCGGCUCCAUGCCCACAGCAGGCCCUCCGUCUUCCUCGGGCAUGAGGAAAGGCUGGCACGAGGACAUCACGCAGGACCUACGAAACCACUUGGUACACAAACUUGUUCAGGCCAUCUUUCCGACUCCAGAUCCCGCCGCCCUGAAGGACCGUCGGAUGGAGAACCUGGUAGCUUAUGCCAGAAAAGUUGAAGGAGACAUGUAUGAGUCAGCCAACAGCAGAGCUGAGUACUAUCACUUGCUAGCAGAGAAGAUUUAUAAGAUCCAGAAGGAGCUGGAGGAGAAGAGGAGGACCCGGCUCCAGAAGCACAGUCUGGGCCUUGGGCCUGCCAGCAUGGGUCAGCCUCCCACUGGACUGCCUCCAAACGGUCCCCUCCCUGACCCAUCAAUGGUGCGACCUGCUGGACCGAAUCAGUUGGUCAACAGGAUGCAGGGCCCAGGUAUGAAUCAGUUCAAUCAGAUGGGGAUGCAGUCUAUGGGCCAGAGGUCCACGCCUCCUCUACCCAUGGGAACAUCUGGCAACCAGAUGGGAAUGGUUGGUCCCAGGAUGGGGCAGCCAAAUGUCAAUCAGCUGCAGAACCAGUAUCUGUCUCAGGGACAGUUUCCUGGCUCAGCACCAGGGGUUGGGACAGCUCAGCCUGGGAUGGCCCAACCGGGAGCACAGGGAGGCAUGACACAGACGCAGAUGGGCACUCCUCCCUCUCUCCCAGUCGCCAGUCCUCUAGCGCAGCCAGGUUCAGCCAGUGCUGCCAGCGGGGUUCCCUCUGUGGGGCCUAUGGGUCCUCAGAGUGUGGGUAGCGUAGGUCCCAACUCAUCUGUCGGAGCCCCCGCUUCCUCAAUGACUCCAUCUAACACAAACCAGCAACCCAACUCCAUCCCCCACUUGGGAGCCAUGCGCGGCUCGCCCUCCCCCGCUCACAGCCGGUCCCCUACCCCUCACCAGACACCCCCCAGACUAGCCGGGUCCCAGACCCCGCAGCCGCACACCCCUAACGCACCGCAGCUGGCUCCACCUCCGGCCCCCCAGCAGAACCAACACAGCCAGGGCCCCGGCUCCAACAAGCCCAUCCAGCAGCCGCAUAGCGGGCAACCUGGUUCCACCACUCCAUCCCAUCCCGGAAUGGCCUCCAACUCAACGCCACACAGUGCUCAGCUGCCACGCACUCCGUUGUCCCAAAAGGGUUCAUUCGCUGCAGACAGUCAGGCCCUGACUCCAGCCUCCGUCAGCAGCUUGGACACUUCCUCCCAGCAGCCGCAGUCCAACACCUCAGCCGCCAACCUCGACUCCAAGAUGGACAUCAAGCAGCAGGACGAGGACGACGAGAGCGACGCCGGCAGCUGCUCCAAAGGAGGGAAGCUCAGCAACAUCAAAAUGGAGGAAAAACCUGUGAAACUGGAGCUGAAAAAGGAGGAGUGCUCCGGAGAGGGAGGCAAAGGAGCCUCCAUGGACACGUCGACGCCAACGCCAACGUCGGGCAUAAAGACGGAAGACAGGAAACCAGAGGUGAAGGAGGUGAAACAGGAAGAGGAGACAUCGGAUGCGGUUGUUCAGGCUCCAGUAAAGAAAAAGAUCUUCAAGCCGGAGGAGCUUCGUCAGGCCCUGAUGCCCACACUCGAGUCUCUCUACAGACAAGACCCAGAGUCUCUGCCCUUCAGAAUGCCCGUUGACCCACAACUGCUGUGCAUACCUGACUACUUUGACAUCGUGAAGAACCCCAUGGACCUAUCUACUAUCAAGCGGAAGCUAGACACAGGUCAGUACCAGGAUCCGUGGCAGUACGUGGACGACAUCUGGCUCAUGUUCAACAACGCCUGGCUGUACAAUCGGAAAACAUCUCGAGUCUACAAGUACUGCUCCAAACUGGCCGAGGUGUUCGAGCAGGAGAUCGACCCCGUCAUGGAGAGCUUAGGCUACUGCUGCGGGAGGAAGCUGGAGUUCUCUCCUCAGACACUGUGCUGCUAUGGAAAGCAGCUGUGCACUAUUCCCCGAGACGCUGCUUACUUCAGCUACCAGAACAGGUACCACUUCUGCGAGAAGUGUUUCAACGAGAUCCAGGGAGAGACCGUUUCCCUGGGCGACGACCCCACCCAGCCACAGACAUCCAUUAACAAAGAGCAGUUUGAGAAGAAGAAGAAUGACACACUGGAUCCCGAACUGCUUGUUGAAUGUAUGGACUGCGGGCGCAGGAUGCACCAAAUUUGUGUCUUGCACCAUGACACAAUCUGGCCAUCAGGUUUUGUAUGUGACGGCUGUUUGAAGAAGACCAAUAAGACGAGGAAAGAGAACAAGUAUUGUGCCAAAAGGUUGCCCCAGACAAAGUUGGGCUGUUACCUAGAGUCGAGGGUGAAUGACUUCCUGAAGCGCCAGAGCCACCCUGAGUCCGGAGAGGUCGCCAUUCGCGUGGUGCACGUCUCUGACAAAGUGGUGGAGGUUAAACCAGGCAUGAAGUCCAGGUUUGUGGACAACGGAGAGAUGUCAGAGUCUUUCCCCUACAGGACAAAAGCCCUUUUUGCAUUUGAGGACAUUGACGGAGCAGACGUCUGCUUCUUCGGUAUGCACGUUCAAGAGUACGGGUCCGACUGCCCUCAGCCCAACCAGAGGCGAGUAUACAUCUCCUACCUGGACAGCGUGCAUUUUUUUCGGCCUCGUUCUCUAAGGACAGCAGUUUACCACGAAAUCCUCAUUGGCUACUUGGAGUAUGUGAGGAGGAUAGGCUACACCACUGGCCACAUCUGGGCGUGUCCACCUAGCGAAGGGGAUGACUACAUCUUCCACUGUCACCCCGCAGAUCAGAAGAUCCCAAAGCCCAAACGCCUCCAGGAGUGGUACAAGAAGAUGUUAGACAAAGCUGUGGCAGAGCGGAUAGUACAUGACUUCAAGGAUGUCUUCAAGCAAGCCACAGAGGACCGUUUGACUAGUGCCAAAGAGUUGCCUUACUUCGAGGGCGACUUUUGGCCCAAUGUGCUGGAGGAGAGUAUCAAAGAACUGGAGCAGGAGGAGGAGGAGAGGAAAAGGGAGGAGAACAGCACUUCGAAUGAGAGUAUUGAUGACACGAAAGGUGACAGUAAAAAUGCGAAGAAGAAGAACAACAAGAAGACAAGUAAGAACAAGAGCAGUCUGAGCAGAGCCAAUAAGAAGAAGCCAGGGAUGCCCAACGUUUCCAACGACCUAUCACAGAAACUUUAUGCCACUAUGGAAAAACACAAAGAGGUGUUCUUUGUGAUCCGGCUAAUUGCGGCCCCCAUGGCAAAUGCCUUGCCCCCUAUCGUAGACCUGGAUCCCCUGAUGGCAUGUGACCUCAUGGAUGGCCGUGAUGCCUUCCUGACGUUGGCCCGGGACAAACACCUGGAGUUCAGCUCGCUGAGGAGGUCCAAGUGGAGCUCCAUGUGCAUGCUGGUGGAGUUGCAUAACCAAAGCCAGGACCGCUUCGUCUACACGUGCAAUAUGUGCAAGCACCACGUGGAGACUCGCUUCCACUGUACCGUCUGUGAGGAUUACGACCUCUGCAUCACUUGUUAUAACACUAAGGGACACGAGCACAAGAUGGAGAAGUUGGGUCUCGGUUUGGAUGACGAGAGCAGCAACCAAUCUGCCGCCACCACUCAGAGCCCCGGAGACUCUCGUCGUCUCAGCAUCCAGCGCUGCAUUCAGUCCUUAGUCCACGCCUGCCAGUGCCGAAACGCCAACUGCUCUCUGCCGUCCUGCCAGAAGAUGAAACGCGUUGUUCAGCACACCAAAGGCUGCAAGAGAAAAACCAACGGUGGGUGCCCCAUCUGCAAGCAGCUCAUCGCGUUGUGUUGCUACCACGCUAAACACUGUCAGGAGAACAAGUGCCCAGUCCCGUUCUGUCUGAACAUCAAGCACAAGCUCCGACAGCAGCAGCUGCAGCACCGGCUCCAACAAGCCCAGAUGCUGAGGAGGAGGAUGGCCAGCAUGCAGAGAGUGGGCCAACCUGCUCCUGGAGGAGCUCCUGGGGGCAAUGGUCUGCCCUCUCCAGGAGCUAACAAUGGAGCAACUGGUCCUGGUACACCUACAUCUGUCGGCACGCAGCCUCCAACCCCACAGACACCCACCCCAGGGAAUAUGCCUGCUCUCACUCAGCAGCAGGCAGUUGGGAUGGGUGGAAUGGGUGGAAUGGGGGGCAUGGGAACACCGGGACAACAACAGCAGGUCCAGCAGCAAGGUGGCAACAUGCCGCCUCAACAUCAUCUCCAUCAUCAAUAUCAACAAAUAGGUGGAGGAGGUGGAGGGGGCAUGAUGAACUCUCCUCAGCAGCAGAUGGUCCCGCAACUCCAGCAGCAGCCUCCAAAUGUCCCACAACUCCAGCAGCAGCAGCAGCAGCAGCAACACCCUGGUGGUUUGCCUCCGUACAACCCCAGACCACCAGGAGCCUCUCCACAUCACCAGUCACUGGGCAAACCUGGACUGGGCCCAGCCACACCACCCCAACAGCAGCAGCAACCCAACCAGGGCCAGGGGCCCAUGCCUGUACCAGGGCAGCAGCAAGGCCCCCCUCUGGCUGCUGUAGAGACAGCCCUAAAAAUCCAGCGCCUUGCAGAGACCCAGAGACAGAUGGCUCAGGCCCAGGCCCAAGCCCAAAUCCGUGGCUUGGGACAAGGGGGCAUGAUGCCCCCUCAUCCUCAACAUCAGAACACCCAGGCUCAGAUGGGCAUGCCCCACAUUGGGGCCCAGGGCAUGCCCCCCCAGGCUCAGGGAGUCGUAGGCAGGACUAUGUUAGAGCAACAGGGAAUGCUUGCAGGGAUGCAGCAAGGUGGUCCUCAGUCUCAGCUGCCUCCUCAAGUUCAGCAGCAGCUCCAGCAAGUCCAGCAAGCAGGUGGUGGACAACUUCCACCAGGAAACCAGCAGUGGGGUGCUGGAGGACCAGGCAUGAACCCACAGCAAAGACCAAGCAUGAUGGGUCACAUGGCACCACAGCAGCAGCCAACUGUUGCCCAGCAACAGCAGCAGCCAAUGAAUCAGCAACAACAACAAACAGGAAACCGUGGGCUAAUGCAGGUAAUGGGGCAGGUAGGAGGGGCAGCAGGGGCAACCGCUUCAAUAGCAGGUGCAGCAGGAAACCUUCCCCAGGCAGCACUACAGGAUCUCCUACGGACACUGCGCUCCCCAAGCUCACCCCUUCAACAGCAGCAAGUCCUCAACAUCCUGCGCUCCAACCCAACCCUCAUGGCUGCUUUCAUCAGACAGAGAGCAGCCAGGUAUCAAGGUGGUCAGGGUGGUCCUGGAGGACCAGGAGGGCCUCCACAAGCAGGCCCUGGAGGUGUGAGGUUCCAGGGGGCUGCAGGAGGGUUGCCUGGUGUAGGAGGGCCUGGGGCUAACCAGCUGGCCAACAUGGAUGGACAACAGCAGGUUAAUGUGAAUCAGGCAGGCCAGCCAGGAAUGAACAUGGCUCAGGGUGGAGCAGCAGGAGGGAACAUGCCCACCAUGGCUCAGCUGCAGCAGUUACAACAACAACAACAACAACAACAACAACAGCAGCAACAACAACAACAACAGCGCCCGAUGUUGCCUGGAAACCUGCAGCAACAGCAAAUGGCUGCGUUGCAACAGCAGCAGCAGCAACAGCAGCAACAACAGCAACAACAACAACAUGGAGCAAUGCAAGCAGGGCAACAAGGCAACAUGUCCAGUAUGACCCCACAGUUCAGAGAGCUGCUGAUGAGAAGACACCUGCAGCAGCAGCAACAACAACAGCAGCAGCAACAACAACAACAACAACAACAACAACAACAACAACAGCAGCAACAGCAACAGAUGGGUAACCACGGGCAGUUCCAGCAGGGUCAGCAAGGCUUCAUGCAGCCUGGCCAGGGACAGCCAGGGGUACCUCCCUCUUCCCAACCCCAGCCAGGGGGUGGAGGUGUAGGGGUUCCCCAGCAGCAGCAAGGAGGGCCACAGGGUGGGCCAGGUCAGAUAGGCCAGCAGCAGGGCUACACAGUAACUGCAGCUAUCCAGCAGAGGUUCCAGCAUCAGAUGCAGCUGCAGCAGCAACAGCAGCAGCAACAAAAUUCAAUGGGUGGGCUUCAAGGACAAGAUGGAGGGCCAGGCGGGGGUGCUGGAGGACCAGGAGGACCUUCGCUCCAGCCUGGACAGGGCGGACCAGGACAGGGGCAACAACAGCAAGGUGUAGUUGGCGGAGCAGGCGGUGGGCCCCCACUGCCACAGACGACCCAUAGCAUGCUUCACCAGAACCUCCAACAGAGGCUCCUGCAGCAGCAGCAUCUUGGUGGAGGCUCUCCAGCCCAGCACACCAGCCCGAUGAGUCCCCAACAGCAGAUGGCACAGUCCCCCCACCCUCAUCUCCAAGGACAAGGAGGACUUGGUCCAGCAGGGUCGCUCAGCAAUCAGGUCAGGUCACCGCAGCCCUCGCCGAGACCGCAGUCGCAACCUCCGCACUCCAGCCCGUCCCCACGCAUGCAGCCCUCCUCCCAACCACAGCCCUCACCUCACCGCAUCUCCCCGCAGACCCAGACCGGCUCCCCCCACCCGGGCCACAUAGGCCAGCAUCACCCCAGUAUGGCGCCGCCCCAACCUCCACAACCCCAGCAGCAGCCGUUAUCGCAGCAGCCAGGUAGUUCGGUAGACCCGGGUCAGUUCAGCUCAGACCAGAACUCCAUCAUGUCUCAGCUGAGCGGGAUGACGGGGAUGCACGGCGGGCAGGGGGGGCCGUCGGACAUGUUGGGCGGGAAUAACAAUAACAACAGCAGCAACAACAACCAGGAGCUAGGAACGAACAUUAACCACAACAGUUUAGACCUUAUGUAGCCUUGACUCCAUACCGUCUUUCUGUCUCGAUGCUCUGAUCAGUCGCCCCGAAUCACAAACUGCCAUGAAAGGAGAGUGAGGCGGGACUACGGCUUCGGGGUUUUAGAAGUUUUUAUUUUUUAUUUAAAUAUUUUUGUGACGUAUAAAUAAGAACUGAAGCUUCCUUCCUAUGGGAGAUGCAACAUAAAUCUUAGAAGUCAAUAAAUGAAUAAAUUAAAACAAUGGUAAGUUAUUGCUGUUAAUAUAUAUCUAUAUAUUUUUGCCAAUUGUGUACAAAAAGGUGGAAGGGCAAUGUUUCAGGUUGAAGAUGUUUCUUCCUUAGUCUAUGACAAUAUUUUUGGGGACUGAAAAAUUUUGCCUUUUUAUCAAUAUUUUUAAGAUUUUAAAUGUGGCUAAAAAUUAAAAGUGAGUUGACACGAUGUACCUUUUUAUUUUGUUUUUUCCUCCUGAAAUACCCAGUCAUGAUUGUAUCUAUUUUGCAGAGAAUAAGUAUAUUUUAUUUCUGAAUUUAUUAUAAUUUUUUUUUUCUUUCCCUGAAUGGAUCAUAAAACAAGCAUCAACAUAUCUUCCGUUACAGGAGUCGUCUUCUGGACAGUUUUUCGCAGCAAAUGUACAUUAUAUGGCGACUGCAACAAUUCACGUAUAUAUAGAAUAUUUUACUUUUCUUAGGUGGGUGGGAGGGUGCGUUUUUUUUGUUUGUUUUUUUUUAAUUUUUGGACAGGCUUUAUAGGUUUGAAUUAAACCUUUAACAGUGUUUGGGGGGGAGGGGGGUGAUGGUUGAGACUGACGGCGGGUUUGGUCGUAUUUUUCGACCAGAUCCACAGAACAGCCAGAAAUCCUUUGCACCCACGGGCCACCUCUCCACCCUCCAUCUUCACUUACCCUAUGAAUGUGCACACCUUCCUUACCCCCACCCACCCCCCGAACCCCAAAACUGGAGGGAUGAACUGUUGAUGCCUGAUCGUCCGGCUGUCGGAGGCAUAUUCUGCCCCUUUCUUUUACUUUUCUUUUUCUCAAGCUGGCCGAUAUUAAAAAUGUCAUGUGUGUACAUAUAUUACAACCUUGUUAAUGAACUGUGAUGUGGAGAAGAGGUCGAUGAAGUUGUCAUGUUUUUGGGCUGCAGAGGUUUUUAGAAAGUCCUGCCUGUGUCCUCAACCCCAACGGUUUCCCUUUUCACUAGUUUUUUUCCCCCCCUCUCUCUUCCUCCCCCCUUUGUUCCUCAUCCUCAUGACUGCCUCUCAGUCACAAGGUUUAAUUCAAUGUUAGUACUGUACAAAGUAAGAAAUGGUGGACUUAGAUACUGUUUUUUUUUUUGUAAUGAAAGUGAAAGAUGUAAAAAGAAACUGUACAUACUUUAAAAACCUUAUGAGCAGAGAGAAAUUAUUUUCUGCUGCUCGUUUCCCCUCUUUGUUUGAUUGGAUAUUUGCUGUAUCUGUAAAAACUACAAAAAGUACUCCUGAGCUACUGUACAGUAUUGAGAUAUUUUCUAAAAGGUACAGUAUGAGGUGUAGUAGGUCACAAGCACCAAUGCGCCUUUUUCUGUGUAUUUUUUGACAAGGUUUUAGGGAGGGAGGGGGUUAUCGCAACAAGUCACACACCUGAGCAAUCUCAAAACUUAAAAAGACACGGAAAGCCGCACAAAGCAAAGCUGAGGCAGGGGGGGUUGAUUUAGAGGUGUGAUGUGGAAGAAUUUAAAUUUGGUCAUUUAGCUUUUUAUGGAGAGGACUGAAGACACAAUAUUCACAUGCUCACUAUUUUUCUCAAAAGGUUGGGCUUGCUGGGUAUAUGGGGAGGGAACGCAUCAGAACCAGGUGGCAAUAUAUCUUGAGACUUAUUUUAUAAGAAAAAACAAGGAAAAACUGUCUUUUAUAUAUAGAUAUAUUAUUUAAUUUUAUUUUUUGGAAAUAAAACUUGAAGCUACAGGAAUUAUUAGAUAAAACAUGUUUUUGUUUUGUAUUAAAGAUGUUAUGGUGAUGCAAAAAGACACUGCAGACAGUCAUUCAGUUUGCCCCGGGGAGGCCGUGGAGUAUAUUAUACCAUCCUUUUUGAAGAAACGUUUCAUGUACAUGAAUAUAGAUGUAAACAUACUGAGUCACUGUACAAACUGAUGGCAACUGAACAAAUAGUUUUGUUUUUAUAAUUUCUUCUCCUAAAAAGAGACUGGAAAUAAGACUAUUUAAAUAUUUGUUUAGUAUUCAAAUGGAAUCUUUGACCACUUUUUCGUUCCUCUUGUUAACAAUUUUGGUGCUUGCUGAGAGAAAGCAAAAAUAACUGUUGCUCCAUUUUCAUUAGUUUCUUUUUUUUUUUUUUAAGUUAUUUUGGUGGUCUGAUUGUUUUUUGCCAAUAAAUUAAUUGUACAAUAAAGUCUCUUUGUACCAUUG